AUGGCUUUUGUGAAGUCGGAAUCAUUUUUGAAAGGCGUCUGCAGUGGUUGUUUGAGUAUGGACCGUGAUACGUCUCCGAUAAAACAUCACGAUUUAUUUAUGAUGUUAUUAACGAAGCAAAAUUCCCAAGAGGAAACCAAAUGUUUAACUGUCCGAUUAUGUUGGGAAUGCAAAGCAAUAUUAUAUAAAAUUAGUCAAUUUCAAGAGAGGAUUAGUGAGGCACAAUUUAUCCUCGAAAAUUCUUUACAUUUGGAUCAGAAUACAUUUUUAUCUACAACUAUAUCCUUAUCAACUUUAAAUACAGUACAUAUGCCUGAAUAUGAUUAUAUUCUGAAUUACGAUGAAGUAAAAAAGAAAAGAGAUAAACUUAAAUCAAAAGUACAAGGAACACCUAUAAAAGAUGUGAUUAAGGAAGAGGUAGAUGAUGAAGUGAAUAGCGAAUUGAAUCAUGAUGAAGGCACUAAUGAUUAUGAUAGCAAUGAUUUGGCUAAUGACUAUGAUAACAAUGAUGGUGCGCCUAACGAUUUUGAUCAUAAUGACGACGCGGCAAAUAUUUAUGAGAAUAAUGAUGAUGAAAAUGCACAUGUUAAGAAAGAAUGUACUGAUAAGGAGGAAAGAAAACAGACUAAUUACAGACGGUACCAACAUCAUGCAGUUGUUACAAAACAAGAAUUGGAUCUGGAGAAACCCGAGAAGCAUUAUUUAGAAGUAACGCUGACUAAUGAUGAGAUGUUUGAAAUAGUCAGAAAAGUGAAAGGGAGUCGUAAGGAUUCUAGUAAGCUUAAAGUUAAAUGUUUAAAAUGCAGAGCCAGAUUUAGGAAGUUAUUGGAUCUUAAACGACAUAUUGAUAUAGAUCAUUUGGAGUCAAAACCGCCGUACCCUUGUUCAGAAUGCGCUGAAGAAUUCCCAACGGUAGCUAAAUUACAUGAGCACUGGCAAACUCACAAUAUUGUAUAUAAGUGUACCAUGUGCGGACAGCUCUGUCAAGGGAAUUACGAGAUCCGAUAUCAUUUGAAAACUCAUCAUUCCAGACUGUACACGUGUAGGGACUGCGGGUAUCAAUGUCAAUCCUCAUUUCACUUCGCCAAUCAUUUUAGAGAUUUACACACUCAGUACAUAUGUGAUAAUUGUGGAAAAGUAUGCAAGUCUAAGGAAAAUGUGGAAAAACAUAUAAGGAAAUACCACGUUCCGUCCUACUGUCAGAUAUGCAAUCGCCUGUUCAGUAAAUACCACGGCCUCGAAGUGCACUACAAGAAUUUCCAUCCCGAAUUGGUUUAUAAAAGCUUCAAACGCGAGCUAUCCUAUUGUGUUGAGUGCGACAAACAGUUCCCUAGCCAGUACAUUUAUAAACGCCACUUAAGUACAGCGGCUGCACACGUACAGAAAAAGGUGGUCAAAAUCCCUUGUCCGGAAUGUGGUAAGAUAUUCUCCCGGAAGACAUAUAUGAAGAAUCAUUAUAAGUUAGUGCACGUGCGACAGUCUAAGCAUUACUGUUCCAUAUGUAAUAAGCACUUCAUAAGCGGUUUCUCGCUGCGCACGCACACGAAAUUCGUCCACGAAAAAACUGUUAAACCUAAAGACAAGAUCUGUGAUGUCUGUGGCAGAGGAUUUCAUACCAACCGCACCCUGAUAAACCAUACGCGAACACAUACAGGCGAACGUCCAUACAAAUGUUCGUUCUGCCCAGCAGCGUUUGCGCAAUCAUAUGCGAGGAAAACACACGAACGCUCGCAACACAAGAACAUGACGGAUGUGUACAUGUUGCAAUCGUGA